GUCGCCCAUAGGAGAGCGUCGUGACGCUCUACGUCACUCGCGUCACGUGCGUCGGUUUUUUCAUUUUCGGCGGAGGAGCCGACGCGACUAAAAAAACCCACUCGAAAUCUUCGAUUUUCGAAAAUAUUCGGCAGGAAAAAAUGGACACCCUGUACGCGGCGAGGCUUCACGGGUUUCCGAAUUUGACCCGCGGGGGUACAGAGCCGGCUCUGACGGAGCAAAGCGUCCUGUCCCUUCUGAUCGUAUUGGGCAGCAGUUUGUCUUUGGUCGCCUUGGUUUUUGCUUUCAUCACGUACAGCUUGUUCUCCGACCUGAGGAACCUGUCCGGUACGACGCUGAUGAAUCUGCUGUCGGCCCUGUUCAUGUCGCAGAUUCUACACGUUGUAGGUGUGGGCGGGGUCAUGGAUUCGGAACUGUGUAUCGCCAUGGCGUUCGCUCUGCAGUACGUCCGACUCUGCGUUUUCACGUGGAUGCUACUGAUGACGCACAACAUGUACAGCCAGUUCAAGACCGGACUUCACCUCGUACCCGUCAACGACGACGAUAUAGGCAGCAAAUUUAUACGAUAUUCUCUGUUCGGAUGGGGUGUGCCGUCACUCUUACUACUAGCCAGCAUCUCGACGCAGUAUUACGAGCGGGCAGGCAACUUGCUCGACACGAAAGGCAUGAAAGAAAGGAACUGCUGGUUUCUCGACGACGACGCCUUCGUUUACGGCUCAGUGCUGCCAUCUGGCGCAUUCGCCGCAGCGACCUUCUACUAUCUGCUGCGUUCCACGGUCCUGUCUAGGUAUAUCGUCGGAAUGCAGACCGACAAGCGAAUACGCGACAAAAUGCGACGCAAGCGGACCCUCCAGAUAAUACUUUUCACGAAGAUAGCGAUAGUGUUGUCGAUGGUGCUGACCCUAUCCGCGCUGACCAAGCUGAUCCCCUCGGACGCCAUAUGGAUAUCGUUUCACGUCGUGCAAGGACUUCAAGGGAUUCUGGUCGCCCUACUGGUCACCUGCAACUGCCAGGUGCUGAAACUGUACGCUAGCAGUAUAAGGAAGAGGGCGGCCAAGCACGUGCCAAGCUACAUCGGGCUGACCAAAACGGCGGCUCCCAACGCAUCGACUAGCCUGCAACUGCUAGCCUGGGACCCGCCUCCGGACCUGGUUUAGACGCCCCUACGCCACUGCGUUUGCUGUAAAUAAAUGGUAGAAUAAUGCGGGAGGAGGAUUAGGUCGGUGAAGCAGGGACAAUUCAAAUUUUGCAGUUUGAACGCUCGAAAGUUCUGGAAUACAAGUUAAAAGACUCUAAAAAUAAAAAAGGAAAAAUAAAUAAAAGAAAAAUAUGAAAAUAUUCGAUAAUUAAUAAUGAAAGCAAGUAAUAACGAACAAAAAAAAGAGCAUGUAAUUUUGAAUUGUCGGUGUGCGGGGAUUGGGCCGUCGUUUGGAAGUCAAUAUACAGGGAGAGUCAUUUUAGUGUACCGAUAAAUUCACUUUGACAAUUUGUUGAAAUGCAAACCCCCAUGUACUGGGUGUUUCGCCUUAGGCGUUUGGAACAUUAAACGGGACGUAUGUAUACAGGGUGUUUUGUAAUUUAACUUUUAGGACAUUUUUAAUUUUUAGUUAUAUUAAUUUUUUUUUUAUUUUAAGGUUGCAAUUUUUUAUUUUAAGACGAAAUCAGUGGCGUACCAUCAAUGUCAAAAUAGACCCGCAAAAUUCUGUACGUAGUACAUGUGUGCCCAACUCCACCACCGUAUAUCUCAAAAGUUAAGAAGAAAUUAAUUAUUUUAUUAUUCAUCACUUAUCGUUAAACAAUUAACAACCAUCCAUAUUCCGGUUAGUUGCGACUUAAGUAUAAUAUUAUUAUUAUUUAUUAUUAAUUAAUAUUAUUAUUAUUUUCUUUAUUUCUCUACCAAAAUAUAGCUUCAAUUAAAAAAUGUUUACACUGGAGCCAGUAGAAAGUCAAAAAUUUGGACGCAGCUUCGAAAUUUACUAAGAUCUAAAUCAGUUCCACAUCAUGCAGGGCUAGUCGAAACUAAUGAUUUGCCAAUGAGAAACAAAAAUGUGUCUCUAAAUGCAUCACGAGGGAUGAAAAUCUAUUCGAACAUUUUUUUUUAUUACUUUAAGUAAUAUAAAAAAACGCUACCAAAUCAGCUUCAGUUAUAUGCAUUAUCCAGAUUAUUUUAUAAUCGAUGGCAUAAAAAAGUUGAAUUUUAAAUAUUACGUAAUAUUUUUUUUUAAACCAAUUUUCGAGAAAUCGUAAACUCGGGGUGAAAUUUAAAAUGUAUCUUUUUUGUGCAAAAAAGGAAGCAUCAAAUGCACGAAAGUACCGUACCAAACAUUUGACGAAUUUUUUGCGAAAAGUCCCAUUAUUUCAUGAAUUAUUUUUAAAAAAUCAAAAAACAGAUUGCAACUUUGAUUAGUAAGUUGCCAUAAAUCGCAAUAUUUUGCAAUGUAUUAUAACUCACACCUUGUAUACACGCCCAAAUAUUCCUCUUACCCCCCACGUUAAUGGUAAUCAAUAAAAAUCAUAAUUCCAAAUGUAGUAUCAACCUUUCCUCGCCAGUAAUCUAUACCAACCCGACUUCCCAUAAAUAUAUCAAGAAAAUUAUUGUUGAUCAUAUCAUUAUGUAGCAGCUUUUAUCGAGAAUAAAUAUUUUUGU